AUGUCAGUAGUUAAAUCUGAACCUGCCAUGUUUGCUAAUGAUUCGUUGAACGGUCAUAAUACCCAAUUGUCUGGGACAACAUCCAAUGAAGUGGUUCAAAAUAAGCUGUCUAGUGUGGUUUCAACUCCUAUACCUACUACUAUUAUGUCACCAGUAGACCAUAAUGUGGCAGGCAGUGCGACGUCUGUGUAUUCAAAUCAAAGAAUCGAUUUAGAACCUAUGAUCGAAGAAUUCAAUACACUUUUAGGUAGAGAAAAUUGGGUCAAAUAUGCACAGGUUAUAAGUUUGUUUAUGUUGGGGAAACUGUCGAGAAAGGAACUCUCUAAUGAAAUGGAUUUGUUGUUUGUUUCGCCUAUUUCUUCAGAUCUGCCGACAUCAUUUAAUAAAACUAUACGUCGAACACUAAUACGACUCCACAAUCAAUUGUUGUUAGGUAUUUUCUCAAAUUCAUUGAGGGAAUCACCGUUAGGUAGAAAUGCAGAUGGUUCGUGGGGAUUCGGCAAUGGGAAUCCAAAUAUUAAUAAACUCAAAAGGGCUAACAAGCAUAAUUCUCAAAUUGAAAUGUAUAAAAAAAUUGUCAUGUCACUUCCAAUGCUGGACAGACAAAGGUUAAAGGCAAUCACAAAAGAAUCAGGGAAAAGAGGUUUUGUAUUAUGUUCUGUCUUACAAGCACGUUUGAAUAUGAUCCCUAAAGUUCCAAUAGUAACAAAUCCUGAUACUUUGAAACAUAUUAAGGAAAAUAAUUUGAAAAGUCCAAUCGAAUGGACCCAAGAUAUUAUGAAUGGAUUCAACGCACCAUUGGCAACAGAUAGUUUUUCUUUACCGGAUACAGACUCUUUAUAUUUGAGAAUGAUUGGUAUCUCCAGAGAGCACGGUCUCGUAGGGGCUGUAGAUACUAAUUCUGUAGAAUUACUUUCACUAGCAUUGGACCAAUUCUUGAAAAAUAUUGUUGAAUCAGCAAUAGAUACUGUCAGAUAUCGUAAAAAAAAGUAUUCGGACUUUUAUGAUUUGGAUGAUAGUUGUAUGUAUAAACCGAUGGAUGGUGGCGCUGAAAAUAAUAAUGAUGCCGAUGGUGAUCCUGCAGAAGGACAAACAAUUUCCUUAACUAAUGAAGACAUAUACGAGACAUUUACCUUAUUCCCAAAUUUAAUACAGUCAGACAAUUCAAAAUUAAAUUUAUCCUCAGUUGGUUUGGUUAAUGAUGAUGAACUGGUUAUAUAUAAUAGUACUAUCGAUGACUUGCCAGAUUUUAUGGGGGAUAAACCUUCAUUCACACCAUCUGAUGAUAGAAAUGUAGGUACUAGGGAAGAAUUAAAUUGGUUAAUUAAGGAUAUGCUUACUGAAAAAUAG